GUUUGUCAUUAAAUGACUAUCUACUGAAGGGGCCGGACCUACUUACAUCUCUGUUCGGCAUUAUGGUAAGAUUUAGGGAGAACAGAGUAGCGGUGACCGGCGAUAUAAAAGAUAUGUUUUUAAGGAUAAAGGUAAGAGAAGAAGACCAGAACGCACUCAGAUUUCUGUGGAGAAGCAGUCCUGCAGAACAUGAAAAAACGUACGUGAUGACGUCAUUAAUAUUUGGCGCGAAAUGUUCACCGUUCAUAGCUCAAUUUAUUAAGAAUAAAAACGCACUAAGGUAUGAGUCAUCGAUGCCAAACGCCGUAGCAGCGAUAUGUAAUCAACAUUAUAUGGAUGACUACAUAGACAGUUUGCCAGACGAGGCCGCCGCCAUAACAAUGGUACGUAAUAUUAGUAAAAUUCACAAAUCAGGAGGUUUUCAUAUUUGUAAUUGGACUAGCAACAGUCCAGCCGUAUUGGAUAGUAUUCCAAAGGAGUCCUUAGGUACUACGGCCGUAAAGUUCAAAAUAGAUCAAGAAUGCGAAGGUGAACGUACGCUCGGAUUGAUAUGGUACCCGCGCGAAGACGAGUUGGGGUUCGAUGUGUCUCUCAAGCGCAUACCACAUGACAUAAUUAAUGGUAAGAAUAGACCAACAAAAAGAGUUAUGCUCAGAGUCAUAAUGUCAAUAUUCGAUGUAUUUGGAUUCUUAUCGCCAUUUACUAUACAAGGUAAAAUAAUGUUGCAAGAUACCUGGCGCGCUGGAAUCAGCUGGGACGACUUAGUAACAGAUGACAUACAUAAAAAAUGGUGUCAGUGGGUCAAUGUACUAACGAGUGAAAUAAAAAAUAUCCGUCUGCCGAGGUGGUAUCAAGCAGCGACGAGUGGGAGUGAGUCAGCGAUAAAACGUAGCACUUCAGUUCAGGUAAACAUAACCUCUCUCACCUCUCGUACAUCUACAAGCGUAACCGAACGGGCUAUCGGCUACGAAACUGGCGUAGCUAAUAGCUGCGCUACGACAUCCCGCUGCAAUGACGUAGUGACAGGCGCUACGAAACAGGUUUUGGCUGGAAGUGAAUAUAGUAAUUUAGAGUUACACUUGUGUUGCGAUGCGUCGACUAAAGCAAUGUGCGCAGUCGCAUACUGGCGAUGGUACGUAAAUAAAGAUAUAUGUAUGUCAUUCAUAGCUAGCAAGUGCCGUGUCGCGCCCGUGAGUCAUACUACCGUGCCGCGUUUGGAAUUGCAAGCUGCUUUAUUGGCUGCGAGGUUGGCAGAUACAAUAAUCAGAGAACACAAAAUAAAUCCAGUAAGGCGUUAUUUUUGGUGCGACUCUAGUACCGUGCUACACUGGAUAUGUAAUAAUACACGUAGCUAUAAAACGUACAUAGCAAACCGGCUGGGUGAAAUAGACGAGCUAAGCCGCCCUGAGGAGUGGCGGUAUGUAUAA